CCUACACAAGAGAUAACGAUGUACAUAUAUCAAUGCGUUUCAAACCUGCCCCGUCAGUGUGUCUGACGCCAGUCGGGUCGCAACCAUGAACAACAAUCUGUGGCUGUGCGUGGCUGCGGCGCUCCUAGGCUUCGUGCGGGCAGCGCCCCGGGUAGAACGCCCCUUGGUGGAGGUGGCACAGGGGAAGGUUCUCGGGGAGGCGCGGCAGGACCACGGGGUAUCCUACCUGGCCUUCGAGGGGAUUCCUUUCGCCAGGCCUCCUACGCGCUCUCUGCGGUUCAAGGACCCAGAGCCGGCCGAGGCGUGGGAGGGGGAGCUGGACGCGUCGAGCCUCCCGCCGCCGUGCGCGCAGUUCGUCCUCGGGGGGCGGGAGGACUGCCUCUACCUCAACGUCUACGCGCCUCAGAAUGCCCUGGACGCAGAAAAACCCUUGCCCGUUAUGGUGUUCAUCCACGGCGGCGGCUUCUACAUGGGCGCCGCCCUGAACAACCAUGGGUUCCAACCCAUGGUGGCGAAGGGCGUCAUCGUGGUGGCCAUGCAGUACCGCCUUGGUGUUCUUGGGUUCCUGUCAACGGAGGACCCAGUUGCCCCGGGGAACCUUGGACUCAAGGAUCAAACCCUCGCCCUCCGCUGGAUCAAGGACAAUAUCGCGUUCUUCGGCGGAGACAGCGACAGGAUCACCCUCUACGGAGGCAGCGCCGGCGCGGCGUCAGUCCACUACCAGAUGCUUGCGCCCGCCGCGGCAGACGUGUCCCACGGCGACAACAAGCAGUACAAUACUCAGCCCGGCUACGGCAAGCUCAACACCACGGGCGACAUCAUCGUCGGAGACUUCAUAACCAGCACGUGGACCAACUUCGCCAAGACAAUGAACCCGACACCCGACGACUCCCUGGCACUCACCUGGGAGACGGCCACUUCCGAGAACCUGAGGCACCUGGCCAUCACCCCGGCACCGGCCAUGGAGGACGACCAGCGAGCCGUGAACAGGGCCUUCUGGCGAACUCUACCGCUCAGACUCAAUGGGCUCAUGAACGAGUAG